AUCUCCCACCAUGCUGUUCCGCUCGGCUGCCACUGUUGCCUUCGGUCUCCUCGGCCUCGUCGCCUCGCCCGUCCUCGCCCAGAACGAGGACACUGGCUGUAUCUGUGACGGUUACGGCACCAACAUCAAGUACGACAACGGCACUGUCGAGCAGGAUGAAAUCCUCAAGACGCGUUCGGAGAACGGCCUCGGAUGGUGCAUCAAGGACGGUGUCCUCCUCACCUCGAUGCAGACCGAGAUCCGUAACGGCAUCAACACUCGCGUCAACAACAACUGGAUCAACGGCCCCUGGGCCAUCCGCUUCUACGGCGGUAUCGUCAACGGUGUCCCCAACCCCAACCCCAACCUGAACGCCAUCGCCCGUACCGUCAUCAACACCAUCUCGGACCUCGUCGCCCUCCAGCACCCCGACUGCACGGCCACGUACCCCGCCGACGGCAACUUCCUCCCCGUCGCCUGUGAGCCCCUGUGCUCGUGGACUUGCGCGCCCGGCUUCGAGCAGUGCGGCGACAAGGCAUGCAUCGACCCCGCGACCCAGGCCUGCCCCUCGGGCUUCCCCGUCUCCAAGCUCCGCCGCUCUGAGCCCGCUUGCCCCGUCGGCGCCACCGUCUGCCCCACCUCCACCGGCGGAUGGGAGUGCCUCAACACUGCCUCCAACCUUGAGGCCUGCGGUGGCUGCCCCGGCACCGAGGGCUCGGUCGACUGCUCGGCCCUCCCCGGCGUCGCUGACGUCGCGUGCCGCUCCUCGCAGUGUGUUGCCUCGCGCUGCAACCGCGGCUUCACCCUCAAGGCCGGCGUCUGCGUUCCCAGCCCCAAGCGUUUCUGGUAG